AUGGCUGCCAAAGGAUCACAGCCCAUCGAAACUCGGCUGUUCAUUAACGGCGAGUUCCGCGAAUCAUCAAGCAACAAAACAUUUGACGUCGUCUACCCCUACACCAAGGAAGUGGUAGCCCAGGUCCACGAAGCCGACGUCCAAGACGUGGACGACGCAGUCGCAGCAGCCAGCGCCGCCUUUCCAGCAUGGCGCGAUCUGGGCGUCGACGGACGCGGUGCCCUCCUCCGCAAAGUCUCAGAGCUCUUCCUCGAAGCUAAUGACGAGCUCGCCCGCCUGGAAACACUCUGCACAGGCCGUCCGAUCUCUCAAUAUAUAGAUGCCAAGAUAUCUUCUGAGCGGUGGAGAUACUUCGCUGAUGGGGCCUGGUCGAUGCAGGGCACGGCUAGCACCAACACGCCCGGUCUGCUUAGUAUGACCGUCAAAGAGCCGUACGGCGUGGCGGCCUUGAUCAUCCCGUGGAAUUUCCCGCUUAUCAUGUUCUCGAUGAAGGUGGCUGCUGCUCUAGCGGCGGGUAAUACUGUUGUUUUGAAGAGUAGUGAAAAGGCGCCUUUGACUUCUAUCGCCGCUGCAAAACUCAUCCAAAAAGCCGGCUUCCCCCCGGGUGUCGUCAAUGUAAUCGCAGGCUACGGCAACCCAACUGGUGAGGCACUCGCCUCACACAUGGCCGUCCGAUGCAUCAGCUUCACCGGCUCCUCCCUCACAGGCCAAAAGAUCCAAGCCGCCGCCGCAAAGUCCAACAUGAAACACGUUCACAUGGAGCUUGGCGGGAAAUCCCCCGCCGUAGUCUUCGAAGAUGCCGACCUCGAAGCCGCAGCCAAAGCCACACAGUUCAGCAUCCGCUUGAACAGCGGCCAGGUGUGUGUCGCAAACUCCCGCGUCUACGUCCAGGAAUCUGUUGCCGAGAAAUUCACCGAACUUUUCCGCGCGCAGUUCUCGCAGUUCCAGUUCGGGGACCCACUGGAUCCAACCACCCAGCAGGGUCCGCAGAUUGAUGUGCUGCAAUACAAUCGCAUCAAAGAGUACCUCGGUAUUGGCGCGAAGGAUGGCCAGCUUACGCUUGGCGGUGAUGCGAAUGAUGGGUUCUUCGUGAAACCGACGAUUUUCGAGAAGGUUCCUGAGGACUCGCGGUUGAUGCGCGAGGAGAUCUUUGGGCCUAUUGUGGCGAUUAAUACGUUCAAAACGGAGGAAGAGGCGAUUCAGAAGGCUAAUGAUACUGAGUUUGGUCUUUACGCAUCGGUCUUUACAAAUGAUUUGGAUCGAGCGGUGCGUUUGUCGAAGGCGUUGCAAGCUGGUACUGUUGGUGUUAAUUGCACAAGCCCCGUUAAUGCGAAGGAUGCUGCAUUUGGUGGAUACAAGAUGAGUGGAAUUGGUCGCGAAGGAUUGUUGUAUAGCAUCGAUAACUUCGUUCAGACGAAGUCCAUCUUGAUCAAGGCUAGUGGACAGUCGGCUGGCUUCUUCUGA